AUGUAUGGUGAUGGUGGUGGUGGUGCCGGCAGACGGGCGUGCGGUGCGUGGACUGCGGCGCGGCGUGCCACGAGCGCUGCGCCGACGCGCUGGCGCUGCCCUGCACGCGCUACAAGGCGCCGCCGCCCGCCGACCGCGACGCUGCGCGCCGCCGCCGCCGGCACGAUGGGCACGCUGCAGUCAUCGUCUCAACAGUAUUACGAACAAUUUUCAUCAAACGUGGCCGAAAACCGAACCCAUGAAGGGCAUUUAUACAAAAGAGGUGCAUUGCUCAAGGGAUGGAAACAGAGAUGGUUCGUGCUGGAUUCCAUAAAGCAUCAGCUCCGGUACUACGACGCGAUGGAAGAUUCACACUGCAAAGGAUUUAUUGACCUGGCGGAGGUGCUGACGGUGAUGCAGGCGCCGCCCGCGCCCGGCCCGCCCAAGAAGUGCGACGAACGCUCCUUCUUCGACUUACGAACAAGCAGGCGAACGUACAACUUUUGCGCGAGCGAUGCCAACGCGGCGCAGGAGUGGAUCGAGAAACUGCAAGCCUGUCUGCAG